AUGCAUAGAGAAGCCAAAGAUACCAAAUUCUCGUACCAGGUGAUCCACUGUUCCGGCUACCUGAAGAUCAAACACUACACAUUAGACAUGGCUCCCUACGACAGCUGCUACCAGAACGUGGGGCUGGUCGCCGUGGGCCACUCCCUCCCGCCCUCCGCCAUCACCGAGAUCAAGAUGCACUCCAAUAUGUUCAUGUUCAGAGCCUCUCUCGACCUCAAACUCAUCUUCCUAGACGCCCGAGUGGGAGUCUUGACGGGGUUCGAGCCUCAGGACCUGAUCGAGAAGACUCUCUACCAGUACAUCCACGGCUGUGACAUGAUCCACAUGCGCUUCUCACACCACAUGCUGCUGAUGAAGGGCCAAGUGACCACCAAGUACUACAGGUUCCUCACCAGAGACGGUGGGUGGGUGUGGGUCCAGACCUACGCCACUAUAGUCCAUAACUCGCGCUCCUCUAGACCUCACUGUAUCGUUGCCGUCAACUACGUCAUCAGUGAGGUGGAGGCUCGGGAGGGUCGGCUAUCCUGGGAGCAAGUUGGAGGGGGUCGCGGGGAGGAGGGGGGCAGCUGGGGUGAGGCGGGGGGGAUAAAGGGCAUGACGGGGGGUCGGCUCAAGUGCCGCACCUCCCCCUACCCUUCCCCAGCCCCCACCGAGGCCCUACACGAGGUACUGGACGGCCCGGGAGGGGCAGCUAUCCACUACCCCUCCGCCCUAGCGCCCCCUCCCCUAGCCGCACCCUCAACCCCUUACCCAGACCCCCGCCUACCCUGCUACCCCCCAGCUUACGACGUGUACGACGAGCGAUACGUGCGGGGCGACGCGCAGCAGUACGCGGGGUGCAGCGCCCCCCUCGACCCCACCCCGCUGCCCCCCGCCGCCUGCCACUACACCAGCGCCAAGACCUCCGGGGGCUACGAGGAGCGACCCUGGAGUCAAGGUUCAGGCAGCUCCUCGGCCUCCGAGGACCCCAGACACGAGUACUCCUCCUCCAACAACAACAACAACAAUACGCCCACGCUGGCUACGCCCAUGUACCCUCUACACGACUACUACGCCCACGCCCACGACAAAUUCUACGCCACGGAUAAGCUGCACUACGCCGCGGCAGCUGCUGCGGACAAGACACAGUACGCAGAAAAGUUCCAGUAUUCCGAUAAGGUACAGUACGCAGCGGGGGUGGGAGGGGCGGCCGGGGGCGGGAGCUGCGUAAGGGGCGUAUAUAGCUACGUCGACGCCGCGCUCAGUACGCAGACGGAGACGGCCAUGACCAGCAAGACGCACGUUCUGCCCCAGCUCGGUUACACCUCCGUCAUUGUGGACGCCCAACAGUACAACGCACAGAAUGAAUUUGUGCACUAGAUGCCUCCCUCCUUCCCUCCUUCUCUUCCUUCUUCUCCCUCCCCUCCCUCCCCUCCCUCCUCUUCCUUCCGCCUGACCACAUUUCACGCCCGGCGACGCCCAAACAAUUCAGUAAGCUUGAAAAGUCACAGUGCAAUUUUGAUGCAAUCUUACAGGUCACCAGAGGCUACAACGUAGCCUCACAUGUCACCAAAAGCUGCAACAUGGCCUCACACGUUACCAGAGGCUGAAACGUAGCCUCACGUUACCAGAGGCUGUAACAUAGCUUCCUAGGUCACCUGAGACUGCAAGGGAACCUCACUGGACACACGAGAGGCUGCAACAUAGCGUCACAGGUCACCUAAGAUUGCAAUUCUGCUAUGUAAGUGCUGCUCCCCGCUGACCUGUAUCAGCUCAGCUCAACAUUGACACUAAAAUCACUCCCGUAGCCAACACUGCCUAAGGCUGUGUCAUGUGUCUUCUGCUAGGACGCGCACGAGCAUGGUAUACCUCUGUGUAACGUCUAGUGUACGAUAAAUAAUUACAAAAAGUGGGAAUACGAGAGCUUGAGAAAACGGGAACCAGAGACAGAAAGAAUCUGCGUGCAAAGAGAUUGGAAAUUUGCAUACCAUAAAAAACGGGAAUCUACAUGUCGUAGAAACCGGAAUCCGGGUACUAGAGAAAGUGGGAAUCCGAGUGUAAUUAUUAGUGUCAGGACAUCACAUGAUAAUCCACAUCCGAUGGCGUAUGGCUCAGAGAAAAAGGGAAGGCGUGUGCCAAGCUCAAUGUUUUUAAUUUAAUUAACAGCUCAAGCUUAAAUGUCAGUUUGUCCAUACAAAUUUAAUUUGUGAAUCAAAUUUUUUGCCUACAAAAUAUAAGAAAUCAGUGCAACUUUAUCACCGCCGAAAAUUCUGUUCAUAAAAUUACUUGCCAAAUAAAAAGAGAGAAAUAUAUAUAUACAGAAAUCGGGAAUCUAUGGCGAAGGAAAAUAUAUUUCCUAAGAAAAAUUAGAGUUUGCGAUUUGAAAAUAAAAAAAAAAUCAUAAAAACAUCCAUAUAUUGUAAAAGAACAAAAAACGUGUUCCGUUAAGAAACAAAGCAUAAACAUUAAUAUAUAAUUUUAACUAAUUUUAGUAUACAUAUGUAUGUAUAAUUGUAAACUCCGCUGCCUAGGAAUAUUACAUUUACUAUCCCUUUGAUCUCCCCAAGGCACUACGGGCUCACCAUAGCCCGUGCUACUUGGAACUUUGUUCCAGGUAGCGAAUCUUUAACAACAACAAUGAUCUCCCCUCCCCCCCAAAAAAUACAGUAUAUAAAAUAUAUCAAAGAAAUGGACAAACUAUUGGCUGCCUCAUGUGGGUGUGAAUGUUGAUUGGCUCUUAUUUCGGCCAUUUCUAGUCCCUUAAUUGGCUGCCUCGCUAGCAUUGUUAUGGACGGUAAUUAACUACAUUGCGGGAGCCAUUCGCUUAUCACCGAUGUCCUGGUUUUACUGCAUAUUGGCGAUUAAUAGGGUAAUUCCCCUUUCAGAGACCGGGCUCUGACGCUAGGCUGUUUUAUCUCUCUACUGAGCGAUGAUUGGCUCUUGUGCUGGGACGCCGCUACGACCCUAAUUGGCAAACCAUACGAAUAAACAACCUAUGUAAACAAUUUUCAGUGUGCUCGCACGCACGCACGCACGCACGCACGCACGCACGCACGCACGCA